AUGGCUCCACGCUCCCAAUUCUAUGACCCCACCACUGCUACAUACUACAAUCCCAAGGAAGACAGGAGAGUAGCUAUAGUUACAGGAGGCAACUCUGGUAUCGGCUGGCACACUGUGUUGCAACUCUAUCUCCAUGGAUUCAUUGUCUAUGUGGCUGGAAGAACCGAGAGCAAGGUGUUGAAGGCCAUUGAAGAUAUCAAGACUGAGGCCAAAAAGCGUGUCGAGGCUUAUAACGACUCCGAGAGGAAGGAACGCUUCUUGGGUACAGUGACCUACAUCCAUUUUGACUGCUGUGACUUGGCCUCUGUGGUAUCAUGUGCUGAGAAGUUUGCUAAGAAGGAAAACAAGCUCCAUGUUCUUAUCAACAAUGCCGGUUUGAUGGCUGUUCCUUAUGAAGAGACCAAAGAUGGUUAUGAAAUUCAGUACCAGGUGAACUUUGUUGCUCCAUUUUUGUUUACCUUGAAACUUUUGUCUAACUUGAAGGCUGCAGAAGUUGAUGGUCUUCCAAGGGUGGUGAUGCUACUGUCAGAAGGUCACAGAUCUGCUGUUAAGUAUUACGACCCAUCUGACAAGAUCAAGUGCACACCCAACUUUAUAUAUACUUGGAUUCGUUAUGGAGUCGCCAAGACAGCUGAGAUCCAUUUUGCAAAGAAGUUGGCAGAACUUCAUCCUGGAAUCUUGUCUAUUGCAGUCCAUCCUGGUGUGAUCGUGGAGACAGAGCUCUUCAACCACUGGAAGAACUUACCUUUGAUUGGUUGGGUUUACAAGAGCAGUUCAGUUGUCAUCGACAAGACCGUUGGUGUGAAGAUGGAGGAAGGUUGUUUGGCUUCCCUCAGGGCAGCGUUGGACCCUAGUCUCGAGAACGAGAACGGCAGCUACUUGACCACUGGAGGCGUUCUUUCCAAGCCUACAAAGAUUGCUUCAGAGCCAAAGUAUAUCGAAAAGACAUGGGAAGCCAACGUUGAAGAGCUCAAGAAGAAGGGUUUCUUGAGUGAAUCCGAUCUCUAA